GUGGUCAGCCCAUUCUCUCCUCAUCCAGCUCAAUAGACUCCAUAACAUCCAGCAACCAGCUCCCACUUCAAAGAUAGUUAUGCAGAUUGCUUGCUUUGGCAUUUUUCCAGAUUUGGAUCGGAAAGAAACACAUUUUCACAAGGUUAAGAAAUGGGAGACUGGUCCAUUCUUGGUCGCUUCUUAACGGAGGUUCAGAACCACUCCACGGUGAUCGGCAAGAUCUGGCUGACCAUGCUGCUCAUCUUCCGCAUCCUGCUGGUGACCCUGGUGGGGGACGCAGUGUACAGCGAUGAGCAGUCCAAAUUCACCUGCAACACCCUGCAGCCUGGUUGCAACAACGUCUGCUACGACACCUUCGCCCCCGUCUCACACCUGCGCUUCUGGGUCUUCCAGAUAGUGCUUGUCUCCACACCGUCCAUCUUCUACAUUGUCUAUGUGUUGCACAAGAUAGCUAAGGAUGAGAAGUUAGAGACUGAGAAGAUCCAGGUGGUCGCCAAGCCCCCUCCUGCACAUGAAAGUCUCAAACAUGUAGGGGUGGAGGAUGGGGAAGCCCUGAAGGCCAGCAACCCCUCCUUCAACCACUGCAAUGAAGAGGAGUGGGGCGCCCGGGAGGGGGAGUGUGUGGAGCAGAGCCUGCUGGAGGAGGACUUGAGGGAGGUGGGGAAGGACCCCACUGAGCUGUCCAGCCAAGUGCUGCUGACCUACAUCAUCCACGUGGUGCUGCGCUCCAUCAUGGAGAUAGCCUUCCUAGUGGGCCAGUACUACCUGUUUGGCUUUGAAGUGCCUCAAUUGUUCCGCUGUGAGACCUACCCCUGUCCCAACCGGACUGACUGCUUCGUGUCUCGUGCCACGGAGAAGACCAUCUUCCUCAACUUCAUGUUCAGCAUCAGCCUGGGCUGCUUCAUCCUGAACAUUGUGGAGCUGCACUACCUGGGCUGGGUCUAUAUUUUCCGUGUGCUGUGCUCGGCCUGCUCCACAUGCUGCGAGCCAGAGAGGGACCCUGUGGAACGUGUGGACCUGUAUCACAACCCCAACCCUCUGCUGCUGCAGCUCAAACACUCCCUACGAGGCAGGGUGGUCCUGCAGACCCCCCCUCCCAUAUCCCAGGAGAAGGGCAGUGGUGUGUUGCCCACCCACACCCCAGCCAUCUCCUUCGAGACGGACUCCACAGUAGAGUGCACCUCCAAGAGGAGCCCAGAUGAGAAAGAACGCACUAAGGCCAAACUGGCCAACAUAGCUAAAAUAGGAAGAGGCAAGAAGUCCUGGCUGUGAACUCUCAAACUGUGUAUUUUUCCUUUCCGUUGAAUAUUCUUAUUUUGCUUCCUCCUAUCAACUGAAGAUGGAUUACAGUUGUUUACAGUAAGACUGCAAAAGCAACAGUCCUUUGAGUCUUUUGCAGUGAAUCUUUAGAAAUUCCAUAGAAGGAAUACCCAUAGCAAGCAAAAGCAUACAAUACUGUAUGUGCUCACAUUUCUAUGUGUACAUGGGUAGAAAUUAUUCACUUUAAUGUGCAACCACUUAGGUAACUUGGUCGUUCCACCAAUUAGGUGCCUUUUGAGUAUUGAAUUUUUUAAAGUUUUAUUUCACCUAAUUUUAACAUUCUAUCAUAAAGAGCACAUGUUCAACUUAAUGAA